AUACAUAUAUUCGAAGUAUUUGAAAAAUUUUGGCGCGACCACGGUGGUUGGUUGGUAACGAUGUGGAGAGCGAGCGUAUACGCGGAAACGCAGCUUUGACGCGGGAGACAAUAGCGAAACAGAGAAAGUAAAUUCACCGAUGACUUGCCACCCACCGUGGACAGAAUACAUCGAAAGGAUCGGGCCGACAGUGAAAGGAACAUCCUCGUGGCAGAUUGACUAGCGAAGCGAUCGAUCGGUCGAUAAAUCGUGAUAUAUCUCGUGGACCGCGUGUGAAUGCUUUGCUGAGCGAAUAUUUUGUCAAGAGGGAAAAAAAGGAAGAGUAUAAAAUAUAGAGAUUUGUGUUAGAUAGAAGACUAGUGCGUCUCUUGCGUGGUGUUCGCGAAUAAAUAUCCUCGAAUGGUAUCGUAUGAUAUUAGUGAAUCGUCGAUGAGUCCAGGGACGAUCGUCGUCGGUGUGUCCCGAUCGUGCGAUAGUGUUUGAAAAGACGAUCGUCAGUCGAGGAAUCGUCGAGUUAGUAUAUAAACUAAGGAAAACGUUACCGACGGAAAAGUUCAUUCAUACGACGUGCUCGAGAAGCAGCGACGCGGGAACUUUUGGUGGAAAAGGAGGAGGAGGAGGAGGAGGAGGAGGAGGAGAAGGAGGAGGAGGAGGAAGAAGAAGAAGAAGAAGAAGAAGAAGAGACGGAGGUGGCGGCGCGGAAGGCUGCAGUGGUGGCGGCGGUGGGACGAGGGGAAGAGGAGUUUUGGGCCCGGCGGAGAAGUUUGAAGCCGUCAAAGUGGCUUCUUCACUGGGGCUCCAGGGGCCUUCUGCGCCGAUCGGGGCCCAAUUGCUGGCUACUGGCGGUUCAGAGGAUGCGCCGGCCGCGACCGUUUACCACGCCAAUCUGGUAGCCGGUAGCAACACCUCCGUCGUGACAGCGGCGCUCCAGCAGCCCGUAUUAGCGAGCCUUAACUCGGUGGCAUUGGCCAGUAUGCAGGCCUCCGCGGAGGCCAACUCGCUGGAUAUACAGGCCAUGCAGUCCAUGGACUGGCUCUUCAAGAAAGAGCGAAUAUAUCUACUCGCCCAGUUCUGGCAACAGAGGGCGACGUUAGCGGAGAAGGAAGUGUCCGCGUUGAAGGAACAACUAGCCACCGCGAACGAUGGUAACUCUAAGACUGAGGGACACCAAUUGUCCCAGACUUCGCAGGGAAGCGAUCAGCAGCAGCAACACGACGCUAGUAAUCCCAGGAGAACGCCGAAUAGUAAUCUCGAGCAGGAAUUGCAGGCCAAGGACAAAGAGAUCAGUCAACUGUUGGAGGAGGUAUCCAGGUUACAACAGAAUUUACAACGUCUUCAAGAAACGAGCGCGCAAGCGACGGCGCGUCUCGAGGAAGAACUCGAAGCACGAAGACAGCACAUCAGUAGAUUGGAGAGUAAAUUGGAACGGCAGAGAGAUUACGAUGACCUGAAGCGCGAGAUCAGCGUGUUAAGGUCGGUCGAUCUCUCUCAGAUUCCAACCGGCGAACCUGGCAAGAGUCUCGAACACCUUUUAAUGGAACGUUCCAAAGCUCUCCAACAAGCUGAAAGUUUAAAACCACCGAACACACCGGACACACUCGGUGGACUAUCGUCACCCCUGCAGCGCGCCUCGACCGCCUCGCCCCAUGGGGUCGGAGGUGGGCCACCUUCGUCCCUCGUUUCCUCCCAACAAGCCCCACCGCCACCUCCGACCUCGGUAUCCCUUCCGCCACGCUCCACGCCGACACCUUCCUCCGCAACAUCGACGACUUCCAGCCUCCUCUUUCCUCCGCCUCUCCAAAACGUCGAAACCUUCGGCUCCUUCCUCGGCGAGGAGAUCGUCGCCAACUGGAGGCGGACGUUGGAGAGGUCGAUUAUAAAUCAACAACAACAACAACAGCAGCAGCAGCAACAACAACAACAGCAGCAGCAGCAGCAGCAGCAGCAACAACAACAGCAGCAGCAACAACAACAACAACAACAGCAACAGCAGCAAGUCCAACAGGUGCAACAUCAACAGGUACAACAACAACAACAGCCACAACCACAACAACAACAGCAGCCACAACAACAGCAGCAGCCACAACAACAACAGCAAAGCACUCAAAUCUCUCAAUUAACGCAACAACAGCUGCAGCAAGUCCAACCGUUGAUAGGGCUCCAUCCACCGACGACGCCGAGCAGCCUAAAUCAUCUUCCAUCGCCAACGGAAGCGUCGUCUAGUUCGAACAACGCACCGAGCAAGUCGAGCACUCCUUUGGGUACUACGUCUAUGGGAACGACGACGUUAGCCACGACGAACCUAGGGACAACGCCACUGGGUACAACGUCGUUGGGCACGUCGACGUUGGGCACGGCGUUAGGUACGACGUUGGGCACGACGUUGGGUACGACGUUGGGUACGACGUUGGGCACGACGCCGCUCAUCGGUUGUCUCGAUUCAAGCGAGAAGGCGUCGACGCCAGUUCCCGGUCACGAAACGCCGGCGCCGCAGACGCCAUCGUCGACGAGCGCACUGACAUCGCCGCCGAGCUUUCAACCGCCCACGUCGAUGGUCGAGACGAGCACCUCCUCCGCCUCCGUCAACGGCGGAGGCGUUACGCCCAGCGCUGUCUCAACGGCGCCGCCGCCGAAGAGUCCGGCCGAUCAGGAAUCCUGUCACAAUAACAAUAACAACAGUCAUCACCUAGCAAAUAACAAUAUAGGCGGAUUAAGCGUCCUCGAUACCUUAAAGAGUCCCUUCCGUUUCGACGACAGAACGCAUCCGUUCAGAUUCGGUGAUGAAUUUGGUGCCGCCGGUAUGGCCGGUAGACUCGGUGAAUCACUGAUCCCAAAGGGUGAUCCGAUGGAAGCGAGACUACAAGAAAUGUUGCGUUACAAUAUGGACAAGUAUGCCUCGCAAAACCUGGACACCCUACACAUAGCCAGAAGAGUCAGAGAAUUAUUGUCGAUACACAAUAUCGGUCAGAGAUUAUUCGCCAAGUAUGUACUUGGAUUGAGUCAGGGUACCGUCAGCGAAUUACUGAGCAAACCGAAACCUUGGGAUAAACUCACCGAGAAGGGACGCGAUAGUUAUCGGAAGAUGCACGGUUGGGCUUGCGACGACAACGCCGUAAUGCUGCUCAAGUCCCUAAUACCCAAGAAAGAGUAUGUUUCAGGCAAGGAGCAGGGAAUGCCACCUUUCGCGCGUGGACCACAGGAAAGUGGUCCGCCGGAAAUGAGCGACGAGAGGUUGGCCCAUAUCCUCUCGGAAUCUGGUCAUCUACAAAUGAGAGGCGAGCAUGAGGUCUCGAACGAUGCGGACAGUAAGAGUCCUAGCAGAAUCGGCUGUCCGAGUCCGUUUAGUAAGGACAGACUCGACAGCCAAAAUAGGAGACUGAAGAAGUACGAAAACGAUGACAUUCCCCCGGAAAAGGUAGUCAGGAUUUAUCAGGAAGAGUUAACCAAGCUCAUGGGAAGGAGAGUGGAGGAUCUACGUGGACCACGAGAAUUCCCUCCUAGCGCGGUGUUCCCGCAUUUUUUCAGCGGUACCCAAGGUCUCCAAGGUAUAGAAAGAACUCAAGAGGAUAUCAGACUGGCGUUGGACGCUUAUCAUCGGGAACUUCAAAAGUUGAACGCAGGACCUGGACAAAAUUCGGCGUUGACGGGUUUGCCAGGAUUACCUGGGCUUCCUGGUUUAUUGGCUCUCCAACAGCAGGCUCUUCAGCAACAUCACUUGGCGACGAACGGUGGUGGUGUACAGGAUUUGAGCCUAGGAAAAAUGGACAUAAGGAAUAAGAUGAUAAACGGGGUAACGGAGGAAGAAAAAGAGAAGAUGGAAGAGGCCAUGAGACACGCAGGUAGCGCGUUCUCAUUGGUCAGGCCUAAACAAGAGACUACGGGAGCCCAAUCGACGCCCGGUGGUUCCAGCGCGAGUUCACCACUCGGCAAUUCCAUACUACCUCCAGCGAUGACGCCCAGUGAAGAUUUUUCUGGCGCUGCUGCGGCCAGUCCACUCCAAAGGAUGGCCUCCAUCACGAACAGCCUAAUCAGCCAACCGUCCACUCCGACCCAUCAUGCUUCUAAUCAAAGACCACUAAAGGCCGUUCUUCCUCCCAUUACUCAACAACAAUUCGACAUGUACAAUAAUCUCAAUACCGAGGACAUCGUGAAGAGGGUAAAAGAACAGUUGUCGCAGUAUUCGAUCUCCCAACGUCUAUUUGGCGAAUCGGUUCUUGGUCUAUCUCAAGGUUCUGUCUCGGAUCUUUUGGCACGUCCAAAACCCUGGCACAUGCUGACGCAGAAAGGCCGCGAACCCUUCAUCAGAAUGAAAAUGUUCCUCGAGGACGAUAACGCGGUUCACAAACUGGUAGCAAGUCAAUAUAAGAUCGCACCGGAGAAGCUGAUGAGGACCGGCGGCUACGGCGGCCUGCCUCGUAAGUUUAACUCAGCAUGCGGAACGCCUAUGAAACCGAUGCCGCCGACGAAAUUGGUCCAGGAACAACUGCAAAAUGCUGCGAAGGCACAGGCCGCCGCACAGGCAGCGGCCCAAGCAGCGGCGCAACAUCAGCAAGAGAAUCAAAUGCAAUUGGGUCCGCCACAGCAGAGUCCGCAGCAUCCUCAACAUCCUCAGCCACCUUUGCCGAUGAUGCUGACACCACCGGGUCCGCACCAUCCGCACGCUCAGCUCAGCAUGCAAGAACUUCAGAAGAAGCAACAGCAGCAGCAACAACAGCAAAUGACUCUCCAUUCUCCGCACCAUCAGAUGACACCGUCGCCAUUGCGAGGUCCUCAUUUGCACAUUUCCUCGAGCGUUUACGAGAUGGCAGCGUUGACGCAAGACCUAGACACGCAAACGAUCACGACCAAGAUCAAGGAGGCCUUAUUGGCGAACAACAUUGGCCAAAAGAUAUUCGGCGAGGUCGUUCUUGGGCUGUCGCAGGGCUCGGUUAGCGAAUUAUUAAGCAAACCAAAGCCAUGGCACAUGUUGAGUAUAAAAGGUCGGGAACCGUUCAUAAGAAUGCAAAUGUGGUUGUCGGAUGCUCACAACGUUGACAGAUUGCAAGCUUUGAAGAACGAGCGAAGAGAGGCUAACAAGAGACGGCGUAGCAGUGGUCCCGGACACGACAACAGUUCGGACACUUCGAGCAACGAUACCGCGGAGUUUUACCAUGCGGCUUCGCCUGGUCCAGGACCAGCUUCCGCGAAGAAGCAACGUGUACUUUUCUCCGAGGAACAAAAGGAAGCACUUAGGCUUGCGUUCGCGCUCGACCCAUAUCCUAACGUUAGUACCAUCGAAUUUCUCGCGGGAGAACUCGCCUUGUCGUCUAGAACGAUAACGAAUUGGUUUCACAAUCAUCGAAUGAGAUUGAAACAGCAAACGCCACACGGUCAACCAGAACCUCAAUCGCCCAGGGAACCUGGUCAACCCUUCGAUCGAGUGCAGUUCAGAUUAUUGCUGAAUCAACGACUGGUAGAGAUUCAGAAGGAAAGGUUGGGCUUGGGCAACGUACCGUUACCUUAUUCCCCGUACUUCAAUCCGAACUUGGCAGCCUUGGUUGGAAACGCACUGAAGGAACAAUGUUCCGGCUUGGAUCUGUCCAUGAGCGCCCUUAAGAGAGAGCCCAAUCAAGAAUUCGAAGACGAGGACGUCGAGGAUGCGAUGAGUAAUCUCGGUAGCGAAGAUUCCGAAGGUUCUGCUGGUAGCAUAAAGAGAGAACCAGCGGAGACGCCGACGGCACCGACCACCGUCAGGUCUAACAGAAGGAAACCCGCAGCACCUCAAUGGGUUAAUCCAGAAUGGCAAGAACCAACGAGAACGGGCGACGAGGUUAUCAUAAAUGGCGUUUGCGUUAUGCAAACGGACGACUACGGUGUUAAAAGAGAAGCGGAGGAGACCAUUAGGGUCGAACCUACGCCUGUACAAGAUAGAUACGAGGAGGACGUUCAAAGUGAUGUUUCCUCGGUCUCCGGUAACAAUGGACCGGACAGAGACAGUCCAAUGCCCAGUCCAAAGUCCGGACAAAAUAGUCCUGUUACGUCACCUAGGUCGCCAUCGGUACAACAAACGGUACAACAGUCGACGGAGACGAGUCCCAAAGAAAUCGUUAAACACGAACCCGAAGAAACUUGGGACUAUUAAAGGUAGAAACCUUGAUCGAAGCGAUUCGAGGUAAACCUAGAAACGAUCUCUACGUAUCUACGUCGUCGACGAGAAUCGAACGUUUUUCAGAUAUCACGACGACGACGAUGACGACGACGACGACGACGACGACGACGACGACCAUGAUAAUGGCGACGAUGUCGAUAACGUUCCACGAUGUUAAAACAACGCAUCUGUGGACUGGUAUACGAAGGACUCGUGUUUCAUUUUAUGAAAAGUUAGACAGAUUUUAAAUGCAAGAAAAGGAAAAGAAACAAAAGCAGAGAAGGAGAGAGGGAGAAAGAAAGAAAGAAGAGAGAAAAAGAGAAGAAAAUACAAAGUAAAUGGAAAAAUGCAAAAUGCAUUAUAAAUCGUCAGAACGUUUUCGUAAUUAAGAGAUAGGGAUAAUUUAUCGGAACGAUAUGUCGAACUUCUAAACGCGAAAUGGAUGAUAUGAGUUCUUGUUUUAAGAAAUGAAAAGGGAAUAUUGAGUGUGCUGGAUAAAGGGAGCUUAAUCAAAAGAACUCGAUCGAACUCAUUAGGUUCGCGCCGCUAGUUGGACUCUUCGGUCAGAAAUAACCGAAGUGAAAAUAAUAAUAAUAUACAUAUAUAUAUAUAUAUAUAAAUUAUAUAUAUAUAUGUGUGUGUGUGUGUGUUUGUAUAUAUACAUAUAUAUAUAUAUAUAUAUACACAUUAUAUAUAUAUAUAUAUAUAUUUAUAGUGAUGUGCGUUAUCGGAAGACUGUGAAAACGCGACAGCUCGAUUUAAAUUCAAUCGGCGGUCGUUGCGAUUCUCUCGAAAUUUCGUAAGAACCCCGGCCACUUUCGCUUUCGCCGAUUAUCGAUCCUGUGUUGCUUUAUUUGACAGCCUACCGAGAGAAUCUUCGAAUCGAAUAAGAAUUCAUCGAAGGAUGGACGGAGCACGAAGGAUCGCAAGUUAAGAAAAAUAAUAAAGAAAAGCAAAGAAAAGAGAGAGAGAGAGAGAGAAAGAAAAAGAAGAACAAAAUAUUCGAAAACGGACGAGGCCGGGAUUCGCCUCAGUGCAAUCUCCCAGUAAAACGGUUGUUAGAUCGGAUUAUUAUUAAUUUUUAAAACUAAAUUAUGCAAAGCGACGACAGAGAGAGAGAGAGAGAGAGAGAGA